AUGGCCACCCACCCCGCCUGGAACCAGCACACCACCGCCACCCAAGUAGCCGGUACCUUCUCCUCCCGCAUCAAAGACCGCACUAUCCUCAUCAUCGGCGUCUCGCCCAAUUCCCUGGGCGCCUCCAUGGCCGCUGCCCUGGCGGCACACUCCCCCGCGCUCCUCAUCCUCGCCUCGCGCACAGCCAGCAACCUGGCCGCCGUCGCCGCCGAACUACCCCCAACUUGCCGCGUCGCCACCAUCCCCGUCGACCUCUCCAAAUACGCCUCCGUGCGCGAAGCCGCCGCCCAGAUCACCGCCCUCACGACGACAAACGGCAUCGACAUCAUCAUCAACAACGCUGCCAUCGUGCACCCCUCCCACAUCCUGACCACACCCCACCGCCACGAGCUGCAAUUCGCCACCACCUUUCUGGGGCCUUUCCUACUGACCAACUUGCUACUGCCCCAACUACUGACCGCCGCCGCCACCGCACCAAAUGCAGGCUCCACGCGCAUCAUUAACAUCACCUCCGACGGCCACCGCCUGAGCCCCAUCCGCUUCUCCGACCCGCACUUCACGCGCCCGCUGGCCGACCUGCCGGCCGACGAGCGCCCCGCGGCAUCGGUGCCGGCGGUCUUCCUGCCCAAGAAGCCCAAGACAGAAGAAGACGGACACACGCAGCAGCAGCAGCAUCAGCAGGAGCAGGACUCCUCCGACCCCCCCACCACCCCAGAAGCGGAACCCACAUACGCCCCCUUCCUGGCAUACGGACAAUCCAAGACGGCCAACGUCCUCUUCUCCGUCGCCAUCAACGCCAUGCUGAACCGCCACGGCAUCGCCGCCUUCGCCGUGCAUCCGGGCAGUAUCUGGACGGAGUUGAGCCGGAAUCUGGACGAGGAGAUGCAGCGCGUCAUCCGCACGACGGGCGGGUAUUGGAAGACGUUGGACGAGGGGGGCGCGACGGGGUUGGUGGCGGCGUUGGAUCCUGGGGCGGUAGGUGGUGAAGGGGGAACGGUGGGCGUGGAGGGAGUGUAUUGGAGUGAUUGUCAGGUUGAGGCGGGGAAGGCGGCGGGGCAUGCGGUGGAUGAGGGGGUGGCGGAGAGGUUGUGGGCGUUGGGGGAGAGGGAGGUGGGCCAGGGUUUUGAUGUCGAGGAGAUGGUGAGGAGGGUGCACGGGGAGGGUGUGGUGCCGGAGGGGAAGGCCACGGAGGCGGUCAAGGUCAGGACGAGGGAGGUCAGUCUCUGA